GUGGAGUGCCGCAGGAGGAUUCAGUUCUUCUCUGUCUCUUCGUCCACCACAGUCAUGAGGAUCCAGGUCCUGGUGGUGGUGAGCCUGGCUACAUGCCUCUUGGGGGCUAAACUACCAUAUUCAGCCUCAUCUGAGGAAGACAGGACCACUCAGGUCUUGAGUCGUACUGUCUCCGUGAAGACCCCUGAGAGGAAAUCCAGUGUUAUCUCGCACUUCCUACCUGCCGAUCACAGAUAUGAAGCUACGGGAUCUGUCAACAUUAACAAAAGCCCUUCAUCGCCUAGAGCUCCCAUCCCUGCCGCUGUUAGUGCACCAGCUGCCCAAGUUCCAGCCGCUCCAGCACGCAAAAGCCCAGCAUCCAUUGCACGCACUGUGAGUGUAAAAACUCCUGAGAGAAAAUCAAGUGUCAUCUCUCACUUCACUCCUGCUGACCACCGUUACGAAGCCACUGGAAGCGUAGUGAUUAACACAGGCUCUUCUGCCCCAGCGAGAUCACUACCUGCACCAGUGUCUGUGCCAGCUGCACCACGUGUUGUUGCUUCUCCUCCACCAGCCCCUGCCGCACCUUCUCCCUCGCCAGCUGCUAAGCUAUCUUUAUCCCGUACUGUUUCUGUCAAGACUCCUGAGAGAAAAUCAAGUGUCAUCUCUCACUUCACACCUGCUGACCACCGUUAUGAAGCCACUGGAUCUGUUGUCAUCAAUCAGUCUUCUGGAUCAUCAAGAAAGACUUCCUCUGCUGCUCGUGUCCAGAAGGUAGCAGCACCCGCUCCUGCUCCAGUUGCUCCAGCACCUGCUCCUGCUGCUCCUGCUCCCGCUCCUGCAAGGGCUGUCUCAUCUGGAGCUUCGGCCUCUAAGCUCGCUCUUACUCGCACCGUCUCUGUUAAGACUCCAGAACGACAAUCCAGUGUCAUCUCUCAUUUCUUACCUGCAGACCACCGCUAUGAAGCCACUGGAUCUGUUGUCAUCAAUCAGUCAUCUGGAUCAUCAAGAAAGACUUCCUCUGCUGCUCGUGUCCAGAAGGUAGCUGCACCUGCCCCUGCUCGAGUUGCCCCAGCACCUGCUCCUGCUCGUGCUGCUCCAGCUCCUGCUCCUGCAAGGGCUGUCUCAUCUGGAGCUUCUGCCUCUAAGCUCUCUCUCACUCGCACUGUAUCUGUCAAAACACCUGAGAGAAAAUCUGGUGUUAUUUCUCAUUUCACACCUGCAGACCACCGUUAUGAAGCCACUGGAUCAGUUGUCAUUAACCAGGCUUCUGGUUCCUCACAGACAGUAAAGACUUCCUCUGCCUCAGCUGCUCGUGCUCAACAGGAAGCAGCAGCUGCUCGUGCUCAGCAGGAAGCAGCAGCUGCUCGUGCUCAGCAGGAAGCAGCAGCUGCUCGUGCUCAGCAGGAAGCAGCAGCUGCUCGUGCUCAGCAGGAAGCAGCAGCUGCUCGUGCUCAACAGGCAGCAGCAGCUGCUCGUGCUCAACAGGCAGCAGCAGCAGCUUCACUGUCUCGCACUGUCUCUGUCAAGACACCUGAAAGAGAAUCUAGUGUCAUCUCUCAUUUCACGCCUGAAGAUCAUCGUUAUGAAGCCACAGGUUCAGUUGUCAUUAACCAGGGUUCUGUAGGAUCCUCACGAAAAACCUCAGGUGCCUCAUUUAGCAGUCAAGGUGCAUCGUCAGGGAGCUCUAGUGCUUCUGGGCAAUCAUCAUCUCGUGGUACACAGUCUUCAAGUUCUAGGAAGCAGGCAUCCUCCGGGACUUCAAGUGGAUCGGUAUCCUCUUCCAGUGGCAGUAGACUAGCAUCCUCUUCUAGUGGAAGUGGACUGGCAUCCUCUUCUAGUGGUAGUGGAUUUUCGUCUUCAGCUAGUGCCAGUGGGUUUGCUUCCCAGUCCUCUUCCAGAUUUGCUUCAUCCUCAGCUUCAUCCUCUUCAGCUGCCUCAUCCUCUGGUUCGUCCUCAGCAGGAUCUCGCUCAUACUCAUACCGACUUGCAGAGCCCUUUCGAGGUGGAAGCUCCUUCUCAUCGGCUGACUUGAUGGAAGAAAUGUUGGCUUUCCGGGCUGAAGCAGCCAAGUCUGGUGUGGCUUACCCUGAGUUUAGAGAUACCGGCGAUGGCAGCGGCUCUGACCCCUACGCCUUCAACGUCCGAGUGGAAGACCACGAGAAUACGAAUUACCAGAGUCGAGAUGAAUGGGUUGGGGAAGACGGCAUAACCCGCGGCUGGUAUACCGUGCUGAUGCCCGAUGCCUUCUUCUAUAACUACUCCUACAUUGCCCACCCCAUUAAAGGUUACCAGGUUACAGUCAGCAAGCAGGAUUCAGGCAUCGACAUGAAGGACGUCGAAGCCGACAUCUUCGCCCCAGCCACCGUCUUCUCGAACCAGGGCAUCACCAGGUUCUCUGACUUCGCCAUCUCCGGUGUAAACAACCAAGACGAUGGACCCAACCUUAACAUGGAGUUCGAUGUGAACUCGGCCGCGCUUUUCGCCCAGUCCAUGGCGGACGCGAUGCAGAAUCCCCGGUCAUCGUCAUCCAGCUCAAGGCCAGUAGAAGUCCACGGGGCACCUGCCCAUAUCAACGGGUUCGCGCUCGUCCGUGACUUCGGCUCUUCGGGGUCCUCCUCCGGUAGCAGGUUCGCUGGCUCAAGCAGUGCCGCAUCUGGGUCCUCUUCCAGCAGCAGGUUUACAGGCUCAAGCGGUGCCUCAUCUGGGUCCUCCUCUGGCAGCAGGUUUACAGGCUCAAGCGGUGCCUCAUCUGGGUCCUCCUCCUCCUCCGGCAGCAGGUUUACUGGCUCAAGCGGUGCCUCAUCUGGGUCCUCCUCCGGCAGCAGGUUUACAGGCUCAAGCGGUGUCUCAUCGGGGUCUUCAAGCCAUAGGUUUGGUUCUUCAAGCUCAUCAUCAGGUGGCUCUUCCUCCUCCUCUGCGAGUGGUAGCUCAUCGUCCUUCUCAGGAAGUCAGUCAUUUUCCAGUUCAUUUUCCGGGUCAUCUUCAUCAGAAGCAUCUGCUGAAGAGACUCAGAUUAGACAGUCAAGUUCCGGCUUCUCGGGUGCAUCAGGAGGAUCGGGAGGUUCCAAGUUAUCUCUCACCCGUACAGUGUCAGUCAAGACUCCCCAAAGAACAUCUGGAGUUAUUUCCCACUUCACACCUAAGGACCAUCAGUAUGAGGCAACUGGAUCUGUAGUCAUCAACCAGGAUUCGGGAUCAAGGGCAUCCGCAGCAUCAUCAUCCUCUGCCGCUCGUGUCCAGAAAGUAGCUGUACCACUUCCUGCUCCCGCUCCUGCUCCUGCAAGGGCUGCCUCAUCCGGAGCUUCUGCCUCUAAGCUCGCUCUUACCCGCACUGUUUCUGUCAAAACUCCAGAACGACAAUCCAGUGUCAUCUCUCACUUCACACCUGCAGACCACCGCUAUGAAGCCACUGGAUCCGUUGUCAUCAAUCAGUCUUCUGGAUCAUCAAGAAAAACUUCCUCUGCUGCUCGUGUCCAGAAGGUAGCAGCACCCGCUCCUGCUCAAGUUGCUCCAGCACCUGCUCCUGCUGCUCCAGCUCCUGCUCCUGCAAGGGCUGCCUCAUCUGGAGCUUCUGCCUCUAAGCUCUCUCUCACCCGCACUGUUUCUGUCAAAACUCCAGAACGACAAUCCAGUGUCAUCUCUCACUUCACGCCUGCAGACCACCGUUAUGAAGCCACUGGAUCUGUUGUCAUCAAUCAGUCUUCUGGAUCAUCAAGAAAGACUUCCUCUGCUGCUCGUGUCCAGAAGGUAGCAGCACCCGCUCCUGCUCUACCAGCUCCUGCUCCUGCUCGUGCCCCUGCCCCUGCUCCCGUCCGCUCAGUCCCUGCUGUAGCUCCUUCCGACUCGAAGCUAUCUCUCCACCGCACCAUUUCGGUCAAAACUCCAGAAAGGAAAUCUAGCGUUAUUUCCCACUUCACGCCCGCCGAUCACCGUUACGAGGCCUCAGGAUCCGUCACCAUCAACAAGUCUUCCGUCGGAGCCACCCGCGCCAGAGUGGUUCCCAGCGCCCCUGCCGCGCCCGCCCCUGCACCAGCGGCCCCAGCACGGAAAGCCCCCGCUGCCUCGCCCAAACCAGCAGCCGCCUCUCUCACCCGCACCAUCUCCGUCAAAACCCCCGAGAGGAAGUCGAACGUGAUCUCCUUCUUCGUCCCCGCGGACCACAGCUACGACGCGACCGGCUCCGUCACCAUCACCAAAUCAUCCUAAUCACCCCAAUCUCUGUAAACACGAAGCGCCUUGCAAACGAAGCGAAACUCUUAACACGUGGUGGAUGAUGGGCUAAGCUUUAUCACUACAACAGAAAAAGAAAAAAAAUGAAAUACAAAAAAUUAAAGCUGUGUGAAUACUUUGAAUAGGGUGCGACUGUUCUUAACAGGGUAAUUUUUUAUACUUCUUACUUAACUAAGUAUUUAUAUAUAAUUUAUUACGCAAAUUAACUUUUCCUCAAUUCUACCUGAGACACCUUUGCCUAUAGUGCUACAAAGGCUGUAAAUUAUCUUCACAAUGAAAUGACAGUGGUGAAAGUAAGAGUUCAUAAAAAAAUAUAUAUAUAUUUAUUGAUAAAUGUCUGCGCCAACCAAUCGACGAUGAAAAAUAAAACAGACUCUGAUGAA